AUGGACGUAGAAGGUUAUGAACUUGAAUCUCUGAUGGCAGCAUUAGAUGAAGGCAGUUUGUCAGACGUCCGGCAGCUGUCUUUUGAGACCCAUGUUGCUUGGGGAAAGUUUGACCCUACCAAAGAAGAGUAUAUCCGGGUAAAGAGCUUCAAACAAGUCACUUCAUUACUUUAUCCAUUUAUGAAUUUAAACUACGUCUACAGUGCUUUUGACAGCUUGUUAGUAAAAGGGAAGAAACGAGCACAUUGUCACGAGGUUCAUACGGUUAAUAUUAAUUUAAAAAACUCUGUUAACCCUGAUGGGUCCAUUGCUGGUGAUAAUGCAGUGAGCCAAGAUAAGAGAAAAGAGAGAAUUAAUCAGCAGAGGCAGUUACU